CCUUAUUCAUCAUGGUUGACAAAGAAAAGCCCUGUAUAAAGAGCUCCUUCCCAUCUUUAACUAGCAGUCCUAUUCCUAUCAAAUAAAUUCAUUGAGAAAAAUGGAAGCCAACAACAACAAUGUAAGGUUGCAUGGAAUGUGGGCAAGUGUAUAUUCAAAGAGGGUUGAGUAUGCCCUUAAACUUAAGGGCAUACCUUAUGAGUAUGUUGAGGAGGAUCUUAUGAACAAGAGCCAAGCCUUGGUCGAACACAACCCAAUUCAUAAGAAAGUUCCAGUAUUUGUUCAUAAUGGUAAGUCUCUUGCUGAAUCUCUAGUCAUCCUUGAGUAUAUCGAUGAGGCUUGGCCAACUCACACGCCGAGACUUUUGCCUGAAGAUCCAUAUGAACGAGCUAUGGUCCGAUUCUGGGCUAAUUUCCUCACAUACCAGUUGCCACCAAGCGCUAAGAAAGUGUUCUUCUGCAGUGGAGAAGCACAAGAUGAAGCUCUUCAAGAAUUGCAUGAGAAAAUGACGUUGAUGGAGGAUGAGAUGAUCGAUUUGAUACCGAAAGACGAGUCUUCAAUCACGGCCGAGGGUCUAGGCAUUCUUGACAUCCAAUUGGUGACGCUCUUCGCUGCACAUGAAGCUCAAGAAGAAGUGCUUGGAAAGAAGAUUGUAGACCAAGAAAAGCACCCUUUGAUAUAUUCUUGGGUAAAUGCUCUGAAGAACCUGCCUGUUAUUAAAGAUAGUAUCCCUCCUCAUGACACACUAGUGGCCGCGCUUAAACAAUGGUCCUGAAUAUAUUUUGAUCAAGUGAUCAUGGGGUUGAUUUACUAUUAUAUCAAUGUUUGACAAUCUUUAUUUUGGAUCCACCAUGAAUAGCUAAAUAUUACCAAUUACCAAGUCAAAAUUUUACAAUUUUUCAAUAA